ACUGCGUUCGCUGGAGCGCAACCUGGGGACUCCCAGGCCUGUGGGCGGGCCCUGCCCAGGACUGGGCGGUGCCAUAACCCCUAGUUUAAAAACUCGCGGGUACCGGCCCCAAGAUCGGGGACCCGGCGGAGGCUCCGCGGGGGAAACAGCGAGGCUGGCGCAGCGCCGAGGCCGCGGCCCUGGGGGCCCGCAAUCCACGCCACGGAAUCCCCGAGUGAGCAGGGGUGAGCGCAGCCACUGCCCAACGCAAACCGUGAAGAAGCUUCUGGAAGAGCAGAGGCGCCGCCAGCAGCAGCAGCCCGACGCUGGCGGGGUGCAGGGACAAUUUCUCCCUCCCCCAGAGCAGCCCCUGACCCCAUCUGUGAAUGAGACUGUGACUGGCCACCCUCCCUUCCCAGCACACUCGGAGACUGUGGGUUCUGGACUUAGCAGCCUGGGCUUUCCAGACUGGGACCCCAACACGCAUGCUGCCUACACAGACAGCCCCUACUCUUGCCCUGCUUCUGCUGCCGAAAAUUUCCUGCCUCCUGACUUCUACCCACCCUCGGACCCAGGGCAGCCGUGCCCAUUUCCCCAGGGCAUGGAGGCCGGACCCUGGAGAGUUUCUGCACUCCCUUCGGGACCCCCACAGUUCCCUGCUGUGGUCCCUGGACCAUCGCUGGAGGCGGCCCGAGCUCACAUGCUGGCUUUGGGGCCACAGCAGCUGCUGGCCCAGGAUGAGGAGGGGGACACGCUCCUUCACCUGUUUGCGGCUCGGGGGCUGCGCUGGGCAGCAUAUGCUGCGGCUGAGGUGCUCCAGGUGUACCGGCGUCUUGAUAUUCGUGAGCAUAAGGGCAAGACCCCUCUCCUUGUGGCAGCUGCUGCCAACCAGCCCCUGAUUGUGGAGGAUCUGUUGAACCUGGGAGCAGAGCCCAACGCCGCUGACCAUCAGGGACGUUCGGUCUUGCACGUGGCUGCUACCUACGGGCUCCCAGGAGUUCUCUUGGCUGUGCUUAACUCCGGGGUCCAGGUCGACCUGGAAGCCCGAGACUUCGAGGGCCUCACCCCGCUCCAUACGGCCAUCCUGGCCCUUAACGUUGCUAUGCGCCCUUCCGAUCUCUGUCCCCGUGUGCUGAGCACGCAGGCCCGAGACAGGCUGGAUUGUGUCCACAUGUUGCUGCAAAUGGGUGCUAAUCACACCAGCCAGGAGAUCAAGAGCAACAAGACAGUUCUGCACUUGGCCGUGCAGGCUGCCAACCCCACUCUGGUUCAGCUGCUGCUGGAGCUGCCCCGCGGAGACCUGCGGACCUUUGUCAACAUGAAGGCCCACGGGAACACAGCCCUCCACAUGGCGGCUGCCCUGCCCCCUGGGCCAGCCCAGGAGGCCAUCGUGCGGCACCUGUUGGCAGCUGGGGCGGACCCCACACUGCGCAACCUGGAGAAUGAGCAGCCCGUUCACCUGCUGCGGCCCGGACCGGGCCCUGAGGGACUCCGGCAGCUGUUGAAGAGGAGCCGUGUGGCGCCACCAGGCCUGUCCUCUUAGGACUCAAACCCAGACCCUGGACUGAUUUUCCAGUCCCCACCGUCCUGCGGGACAGCCAGCGUAUGCUAAUGUUGCAAAUCCAUGAUAAUGUAUGUGGAAUAUCCUGCCAUUGGGGUCUUACAUUAAAACCCCAGAAUGGCUGCAGAGGGGUGAACAGGCCCCAAUAUUUGGGGUGCUGUGAUACCCCUCUUCUACCCACAAGGAGCCCUCUUGAUGAUUUCUGUGAAAUCGAGGCCCCUUGAUUGUUUCUGUGAAACACCCUGCACCCCUAGUCCUUUCCCCACUGAGAUCCUUUGGGUUCCUUCCCCUAACUCAGCUGUUCGUUCCCAGAAACCCAGAUGUAAUCCCCCUACGUGGUGCUUGGGGCAUCCCAAUACCAUCUCAGUAAAGCUCCUACAAUGGCCUCCUCAACCUCCCUGGGACCCACACCCUUCGGGUCCUCACCCUGAGACAGGAGGGACCCUCUGAGAUCAGGGACCCUUAGGUCCCACUGCUCUCUGAUUCAGAGCUCAGCUGGGCCCCGUUCCAAACCCCAGCAUUCCCAGUCACUCCCUCCCUAAUCUGAGCAUCACUCAAGCUCUUUAUUAAACUCAGUUUGGGCCAGG